AGUUGGUGUUAUCAAUGCUUUAUCCGGUUGUAAGUUGUGUUGGUCUUUUGCUUCCGGUAAACCAUGCCAUUUCAAAGGUUCGUGGAAUCUGGUCGUAUCGCUUAUGUGAGCGAUGGAGUAUAUAAGGGUAAACUUGUUGCUAUUGUGGAUAUCAUUGAUCAAAAUCGGGUUUUAGUUGAUGGUCCUGCUUCAAAUGUUCCACGUUGUGAGAUGAGGUUAAAUGAGCUUCAUCUUACCAAAUUUCGUAUACGUUUUCCAUAUACUGGGUCCACUCGUGUUGUACGUAAAGCGUGGGAAACUGCAAAUAUUAAUAACCUUUGGAAACAGACAAUGUGGGCAGGGAAAGUUGAAGCCAAGAAAAAACGUUUGGAGCUUAGUGAUUUUGAUCGUUUCAAGUUAAGAAAAGCAAGGCAGAUCAGAAAUAGAUUGAGGACAGAUGUGUUUUACAGAUUGAAAAAGAAGGCUAAGAAAGCAAAGGCUGCAGGUACCAGUGAAAAAGUAGAAAAGAAGUGA